AUGCAAGUUUUCCUGGUUUUUCUAAUUUUUUUGAAUUUGAAUUUUGUGGAUUCGAGAUAUUUUUGCGGUCUGGAUGGGAUCACUAACAAUUGGAUGGAAAUUCAGACAAAACUCGAUUGUCCCUCGAUUUUGAGUGAGUUUUUAAAAGCAAAAAUUCGUCUGAAAAUCUGAAAAUUUCCAGCUCAUCACCAGGAAUGCUGUAAAACCCACGGCUGGUGUUAUGUUCACAAGAAGAAGACGCUAGAAAAUUGCGACGCCGAAUAUUGUCUUUGCGUGGCGAAAUUGGCACCAGAUGGUGUUUGUAAGGUAUGGUCGCCACGUGGCAAUUCCGAACUCUGAAAUUAAUAUUUGCAGACACAAUCUGACAACUUUUGCAAUAAUGUGAAAAUGAUGGGUCAUAUGAUGUGGCCGAUAAUUAAUGAGAACGGAAUGGCUGUCUAA